AUGUAUGGGCUUAAAGGGUUACGUUUAGAAAUAGGAACACUCUCUGCAACAACACCUGACGAUCUUGGUUACCUACCAUCAAAUACAGCUUUUAUAGGUAUCAACGAGGAAGGAAUAUUUUUUUGGGUGAAUGAGAAAGGAAAAGGAAUCAAAACUAGAAGAACUCCGAUCGAUAUCUCCGUCACAACGUAUCUUCAGUCUCUUUUGGAAACCACACAUGAAGAAAUAGGUGUGAGAGCUCAUGUUGAUUGUGAAGAUCACUCAUUGAUGACUGCAUGGAAAGAAAUACAAGUGAAAGCUGAUGUUCAUUGUGAAGAUCGCUUAGUAAGGAAACCAAUGGCAUUACAAACAUUGUACAAUGUUGUUAUCGACCCUAUAAGAGACUUACUCCAUAGCGAUGAGCUUGUGAUUGUUCCACAAGGACCUCUGUGUUUGGCGCCUUAUGCUGCUUUCAUGGACUUGGAAUCAAAGUACCUCUGCGACACUUUUAGAAUUCGUCUGCUUCCUUCCCUUUCUAGUCUUCGGUUAAUCCAAAAUUGUCCAGCCGAUUGGCACAACAAGACUGGCGCUCUUCUCGUCGGCGAUCCGUGGGUACAGGAGGUAGUUUAUGAAGGAAUGACGCUAGAGCAGUUAGAGUGGGCUGAAAAAGAAGUGCAGAUGAUUGGGGAAAUACUUCAAACUGAACCUCUCAUUGGAAAACAGGCAACAAAAGAUGAAGUCUUAAGACGUAUCUCCGCUGUUGCUUUGUUGCAUAUUGCUGCUCACGCUAAAAUGGAAACAGGAGAAAUUGCCUUGGCCCCAAACACAACGCGUUCAUCCGUAAAUUCAGCUAGGGAGGACUAUCUCUUAACUACGAAAGAUGUUUUAAAGGCGCAGAUUAGGGCAAGACUUGUUGUACUUAGUUGCAGUCAUAGUGCUUGCGGAAAGGUCAAAUCUGAGGGUGUGGUUGGCAUCGCACGGGCGUUUUUGGGUGCUGGUGCUCGCUCUGUUCUGGUGUCCCUGUGGGCGAUUGACGACAAAGCUACUAUGGAGUUCAUGAAAGUUUUCUACCAACACUUAGUCCAUGGACGAAGUGCCAGUGAGGCCCUGAAUAAAGCCAUGAAAUCCAUGAGAGAGUCUGACGACUUUAGCGCAGUGAAGUACUGGGCGCCUUUUGUUCUCAUUGGUGAUGACGUAACGCUAGAGUUUGAAGGCAUCAAUUAAAUAGCAAGGUAUUUUGGAAUAUAUUUAAUCCUGGGAUCAUAAUCCCUGCAUUUGCAAUCGUCUUUUUAACUAGCAAUUAUUUUUUUCACUUAUCGGGCAACGAACUCAACCGAUGCCACGUGUAGCGUCGAUCUCCUUAUCACAGGUCAAGUUGACAGUAAGAAAGAAACUUUGUUUGGCAGUUAAACAUUACAAAAUUUAUUUCAAAUUUCGUAAUUUCUUUAUAUUUUAAAGUGACGGUGAUCCUGUUUGAACUCUUUCCGAAUGAUUGUAACUUACAGUCGAACCUGACGUAUGCGACCACCCAAAAUUUCCUGUCGCUUACGAAAGGUGAUCGCCUAGGAGAGUCACCGGCUUCAGUUAUGGUGCUCUGAGUGGAAACACUUUGGCAUUUUUGGUGGGUGGUUGAUUAUAAGAUUCAAUAUUCUUACCAGCUGAAAUUAAGUCAGAAAAGUACCGUUAAUCCUAUAUUUAUUUGCCCAGGGACUUAUUUAUUUCAAGGACAUUUGAGAGUCGGGGGGGCUUAUUCAAUUAACCGAAUAUCGUAGUCUCCAUAAAGAACUAGAACACAAAGUGGAAAAGCUUUAGUUCGAUGCCAUACAGCCGAAGAACAACAACCAGUUCUAACCCUCAGUCCAGUAACAGUCGCGUGAACAUUUAAUACACCUAUCAUACGUCUAUUGGUUAAGAGUAAUUGUAGUAAGGCUUGAAGGAGAGAGAGAGGGAGCUUUCGCGCUUUCUUUCUUUGAAAAGGUUGAAGGGUUUGGAGGGGGGGGAGGGGCUUUAUUAAGCAUUUUCGGUUGUAAGUAUCGGUUAAUCUACAAUAAUGUUUCUCGUACGAUGUGAGCUACGGGUUUUAAUACUAUUCUAUGCUUGAAAUGAUUUGGAAGUCAGGCGCCAAAAUAUUAACUGAUUGGCUUCGCUGGCUGAAAUCACUAUUCUUCUGCUAGCUUGCUAACGUUUCUCCUUGCUGUUUUUGUUGUAUAGGUACCACGAAGAACGCAGUGAUGCAAUUCCUAAUUAUCUGAAAUCGAAGA